AUGAUAACGUCAUUACAUAUAUUGCUAAUAUUUUUAACAGUAAAUGUAAGCUUUAAUUUGUAGUCAAUUGGGUGCUUGUAAUGAAAAGAAACCAGACAAGUUUUUGUACGGAUUACGAUCAAUAUGACUACGAUUGGUUAACAGUGAAACCUGAGACCGAGGCGGAGAUUGCAGCUUCCACAAGAUCUCCUGAUGAUGACGACGUGUUAGUGAAUGUAUAAGAAAUUUGAAACGUCUUUAUUUUCCAGUAUUAUUGAUCAACUCGACAACCGAAAAGCUGUCAACAAUGAAAUUCUUGGCGGAUUUUCCAACGAGAAAAGUUUUUCAUGUCCUCAUGCAAAACCAAUUCUUCAUACCGUAUUGAAGACUACAAAUUUUACUCUAUUUUUUAUUUUCAGGGAGAAUCAGUUGCACAGAUAUCACCUGAAGACAUUCAAAUUGUUGGAGCGAUGGGAGAUUCUUUGGCGGUGUGCUACGUCGAAGUUUUCGAUAAAAUUAAAAUUUUCAGUCUGGGAGAGGACUUUGGCCGUUUACGGAUGUGGAAUUUCGUGGGGCGGCAUUUCCUAUUGGUGGCGAUGCAAAUAUGGAUGGACUGGUUACCAUUCCAAGUAACUAUAGUGAACAAUGCUGAAAUUGAAACAAAAUUCAGAUAUUUUGAGCCAGUUUGUGAAAAAAUUGGAAGGAAUAUCUCAUGGAAUGGGUUCCAAACAUGCGCUUCCUGAUUAUCAGUUUAAUGUUGCUGAAAUCGGCGGAGAAACGGAAGAUUUACCUGCCCAAGCUUUUGAAUUAGUGCACAGAAUGCAGCAUUAUGUAGGGAAGUCACUCAAGAAAAAAUGGGCACUUAUAACGAUUGUAACUGGCUCUGAAGAAGUAUGAACUGUCUUACCGUAUUAACCAAUCAAUAUUACAUGUAGUUUUGUGAAAAGUGCGAGCCUCCAAGUCGGACGUCUAUUCGGCGCGCUUUGGGCGUUCUCAGGCGAGGGGUUCCACGAGCUUUGGUAGUCCUUUUAGGACCAGUCCACGUGGCAUCUACCUAUCGUCAAAAUAUAAAUUUGAUGCGACCUCGAUGUAAAUGUCUUGAGAAAAUGACCGGGAAGGAUUAUAGACAGUUAUUCGAUGUAUGGAAAACUUAUUUUAUAGAAGUGGAGGUAGACGGUCAUGGUUAAUGUAAAAUGACUGAAAUUUUUCUGACAGGAAGAAUUCAAUUUCGACAACACAACAUUCGGAGUUUUGUCAAUACCUUCCCUUGCUAUUCAUUCUCGCAAUCCGCAGUCACUUUUAGUGCCAGGAAAACCACUUUUAAAUCGCAAAGGUCAUUCAUACGCUGCAAAAUGGCUUUGGAAUCGGCUUAUUGCUGGUCCAAAUUACAAUAUUUCGAUGAUUGCUCUUUCUGAAGACAGCUAUUAUUGUCCUUCUCUCGGUUGUCCGUACUUUCGUACUGUCCAGAACUUCAAAACAUGCACAACUAUAACAGAAGAUGAAUGGCAAAAACAACACGCUCUGGUCCAUGAGCACAAAACCGGAAAAGAAGCGAGACAAGAAGCAAUUCGGACCAAUCUGCUUGGUGUCAUUCUUGCUAUACUUGGAUUAUCAAUUUUGAGCGUUUUGUGAGUAAAAAACCUAAGCCAAAAAGUGAAAUGACUAAUUUCAGAGGGUUCGGAACUUAUUUCUAUUGUCAUGGCAUGAAAGCAACAAAGGGAAGGUUUGACUACGGGAAGACUAUUGUUGAACCCGAAGAAACAGAAGAGAAAUAA